AUGGGGAUGGACGAGAAAUACCCCGCUGGCAACCCCGGAAUGCCGCUCAUCCCACCGCGUCGCGGCCUCAGCCCAGGACGCUUCCUUCUCGCUGUCGCAUAUCUUGUCGUUGUCGGAUUCAUCUACUGCUUCUUCCAGCAGAACCCAAACCACCCGCUUCACUCACACACCGCCCAUCACCAUGCCGCUCAGCAACCCUCGGCGCCUGAGACGGUGAUCAAGAUGGUGGAGCCUAGCGUCAGAAGGGGGUUGGUUCCUCUUGAGGCGCAUAUCAUGUCCAAGUGCCCUGAUGCGAAGGUAUUGUUUGCUUUGAUGUCGACGUGGAAACUCAGCUCAGCGGCUAACCCCUUGUCUCCGACUCUCGACAAGGUCAACUUUACCCUCUCGUUCAUCGGCCGGUACGCUACACCUCCACCCCCCCCCUAUUUGCCCCACCGUUUGUGGCAUGCGCACCUUGAUGGACAGACCCUGACACAGUGUACCACAGACCAACCGAACACGAUGACGGAGUGGCUUGCAAGCAUGGCGCAGAGGAGUGCAAUGUCUCCAGGCCUCGGCAACAUCAUUGAGCUCUGCGCCCAAAGCCUUUACCCAGACCCCAAGACCUAUCUCGGGUUCGUCAUGUGCUUAACCAAGGACUACCGCCACAUCCCCCAGCGCGGUUUGAUCGAGGACUGCGCCCUCGAGCAUGCCAUCGACUUUGACAAGCUCAACGAGUGCGCCACCAAGGAUGAUGGCGCCUAUGGGAUGGGUAUGCUCAGAAGCAGCGUCAGGAGAACCUCGGCGGCCGGCGUGACGAAGAGCUGCACCGUCCGCCUCAACGAGGAGAUCUACUGCGUCCGCGAUAACGGCCAGUGGAAGGAAUGCCCCCACGGCUCCAGCGUCAAUGACCUCGUCAUUGCGAUUGAGAAGCUUUACCACCGGCGCGCUUGA